UUUUAGUUUGCUUUCAUCAGUAUUUUCGUACGCAUUUCAAGAGUUUUUUGCUGCAAAUUGUAGAAAUAAAAUUUUAAUUUAUACAAAAGUUUCGGGAAAAGUUCUGAAGCUGCAAGAUGCAUUUUCCGUACAUGAAAAUUGCCAUCUACGUGCUGACCUUUCUCACAUACGCGUAUUCCGGCUAUGGCUCCAGCACUUUAGUGCAUUUGCGAGACGCCAUCAUCGCGGCGGAGGCAAUUUUCGGUGAUGUGUUUAAAAACUUAGUGACGGUUGCUAAGAAGUUUCGUACCGUGCAUGAAGUAUUUGAUGCCGCAGUGGAUGAGAAUUGUAUAUACAAAUGUCUGGGAGCAGAUGGCCAACCAACAGACGUACGCCCCGUCCAGAAUAAACUGUAUACACCAACCGCUAAUGGCUGCGGUUCACUUGGUCUGCAUAUCAACACCGAAUACUUGCCGGCGGUCGAAAUGGAGAACUGCUGCAAUGAGCAUGAUAUAUGUUACGACACUUGCAAUAGCAACAAAGAUCUGUGCGAUUUGGAUUUCAAGCGUUGCCUUUACAAAUACUGCGAAACCAUUGAUAAAUCGAUUGGCAGUGAAUACCUCAUAACCGGCUGUAAGGCAGCAGCUAAGGUGCUUUUCACCGGCACCUUAACGCUAGGCUGUAAGUCGUAUUUGGACUCGCAGAAACGUUCCUGCUACUGUGCGCCACCGAAGCAAUCUAAGGAGGACGAGCGACGUAGUCGUAACGGUUAUAAAAACGGCAACGGCGAUAAAUACUACAAGCAAGGCAAAAAGCAGAAAUAUGGUUGGAAGGAUGCGGGCGACAUAUAGUGUAGCUUAUCUUAUUAAUGAACGUAUUAAGUUAAUUGUUUUCUUGUUAAUUGUCGAACGCACAGUUUAUACAACAUUCAUGUAUAGUUUUUGGAUAUGUAUGGAUAUUAACAGCUAUGUUAUUUAAUAGUAUUUUGCAUGUUUAGCUUUAAAAGUUACGAGAGAGAGAGGCAUCCCUAGCCAAAUGCAAUUUUUAGACUUAUAAGAUUUCGAUGAAUUUAUUAUUUUUAAUAUUAAGUUGCUUGUAUGUACAUACACACAAUGUAAACUGUUUUAACCAACGAACUUAUACAAAGCGGAGAUUUUGUAGAAUCUAAUACAAAAUAAAGGAUAAAUGAAAUUAAA